CGCCCUAUCGACUGCAGCCACGACUUCCGCUUGGUAGCGUACCCCUUUGUCGUAUCUACGCCCAUCCACCCGACCGACGCCUGCUGCCGCAUUCCCAACCCGCAGCGUUUCGGAAAUGGCAGACUCUGGUCCUUCCCCAGUGAUGACUGUUACCGAGAUCCCUGCCUCUGCUCAGCAACAGCCUGGCCUGGAUCAGGCGAGCAGCGCAGUCUACUCUUACGAUCGAGUUUCCAACAACUCGUGCAGCAUGGCACUGAAGGAAGUUGGCAGCAGCGAGGAAUCCCUGGUGACUAUCGCAACCCUCUCGUCACCUUCAGCCAGCGCACACAGUGCUACCAGUCUUGCAGAAGGUCGACACUCCGCUGGUCCAUCUUUGCCGGGCUACAGCUCUGCUCCACGACCAGAAAGUCGAGGGUCCCCAGCGUCAACCAAGUCUGGAUCGCCCAACAUCAGAGCCUCAGGCCGCACCGACUCAGCAGCUACAGAGCUGCGCUCGAUGAAGACUGGACCUUCUGCCUCGGCACCACCAGCUACAUCGCCAGUCAACCUCCUUUCUCUGAGAAGCCCAUCCAACUUCCUCGACAGCCACUCCACAAGCGGCCUGGGAGGAGCAGGAAACCCUUUCAACACGGGAGGCAACAACUUCUCAUGGAGCCCAACGACCACAAUGUUCUUUGGUACGAAGUCCAAUGGUCUGCCUUCAGCUCGCUUCUCAGCCUUCACGCCCUUCAAGCGUGAGACGCUUGAUGCCUCGCCCAUCACCCCUUCCCUCUUCACCAGCUCGGGGAGCAACGGCAACGACGGCCAGCAUAGCUACUACUCGGGCAGCAGUCGCUUCGGCAACAUCAUCGAUGGUAGCGGUUCAGCGACAAACCACCAUACCGAUUGGAACGUCCAGACUACCUCAUGGACCGGCUUGCCCACGCCCUCAAGCGAGGCUGUCCUCAAGUCUUUGGCAGGUAGUGGAAGCAACCACGUUCACUCGUCCCUACACGUUGAGUCUUCCUCCUGGGAAGGCCUGGGCUCCAACUCGCUCGUCCUCCACUCGGCCUCGCAGAAGCUGCUCGACGGCAAUGCUGCGAACGGCAAUGGCACUCUUCUGGGUGGCCACGCUAGUCCCGCGUUGUUUCGCUCCGGCGGCUGCGCCAACGGAAUGCUGCCCCCAACUCCUCGCACAGUGCUCUCCGGCGUUACCAACAGUCGAGCCAUUCCAAGGUCAGCAGGGUUCUCUUGGCUAUACCAGGACAUGGCCAUGCCCAACCUCAAUUCCGGUGGUAAUAUCAAUACCAUUGAUCAGUUCCCCAACCUCGGUCGACCUUCUGCUGGCUCCGGUCAGCAUAUCAAUGCCGAUCUCCACCUACACCAUGAGCACCAGCAGCAGAACAAUGGCAGCAGCGGUGGACACAUCUUCAACUUUUCGCCUCCCCAAACCACCCUCGGACGACCUCCGCUCUCCGCUAGGGCCCCUCGUCUGCGACCCAAUGGCAUAGACUCUGGUGUCAACACGCAUGGGCACGACUGGCAGUCUGAGCAUGGACACGCUUCUUACGAUGGCUCGUCAUCCUCUGUGCAUGCCCACAGCCCCGGCGACUCCGAGGUAGGAGACGGCGGUGCCGCUGCAGCUCGAUACCACGCUCGAGUCAAUGGCACCUACGCCACCGAAGAGGCAAAAUGGUUGGCAGUCCAGAACCGAGACCCUCGAGCUUCUGCCUCGUUCUUUUACUGCGUACUUUCCACCAAGGUGAGCAGACGACACGGCCAAUGAGACGGGGACUGAUCACUGACCCCCUUCACCACCCUUCCCAUCUCACCUGACAAUCAGAUCUUCUGCCGAACGACCUGUCCAUCUCGACGCCCUGUCCGCGAGA